AUGGCGACGCAGACUCCGACGAUCAAGAGCUUGCCGGCGGUGCGCGUGCUGUCGCUGCGCUCUGUGCUGCCGAACUACCGGGCCCAGGGGGAUCUAUGGCAGAAGCUCUUCGCCUUCGCGCAGACGCACAGCGUUGCGAUCACGGGGCCGACGUUCGCUGUCAACUUCACGCAAGACGGGCGCCAGAUCGACGUGGAGGUGGAAGUAUGUCUCCCCAUUGCGAGCGACGCCCAAGUGCCGGUUGAAGCUCCGUUCACUGUCCGCGACGUUCCUGCUGUAUCGCGAGCUGCUGUGAUGGUGUACGUCGGUCCGUGUGAGGGCUACUACAAGGCGUACGAAACCUUCUUCGGCUGGAUCGGAGCGGAGAAGUUCACGCCUGCUGGGCCGUCGAGGGAGGUGUACGUCAAGAGACCGACUGGCAACGAGGAGGAAGACGAGGAGAGCGUCACGGAGAUUCAGCUGCCAGUCGCCUGA